CACUUCCACUCCCCUCCUUCCGCUCGUUCCGCCUCUAUCAGACAUCACUGUAGAGUUCCGGAUAGAAUGAGCAUCGUGCCGAAGGAGACAAUCGAGGUGAUAGCGCAGAGCGUUGGGAUUACCAAUUUGUCUGCUGAUGCUGCUCUAGCUCUUGCCCCCGAUGUCGAAUACCGCAUGCGUGAGAUCAUGCAGGAGGCAAUCAAAUGCAUGCGUCACUCAAGGAGAACUAUAUUGACUCGAGAGGAUGUUGAUGGUGCACUUAGCUUAAGAAAUGUCGAGCCAGUAUAUGGUUUCGCAUCAGGAGGUCCUUUGCAGUUCAAAAGAGCUCUGGGGCAUAGAGAUUUGUUUUAUGUUGAUGACAGGGAUGUGGAUAUUAGAGAUAUUAUUGAAGCUCCUCUACCAAAAGCACCUCUUGACUCUGCAGUUGUAUGUCACUGGCUAGCAAUUGAAGGUGUACAGCCUGCUAUUCCAGAAAAUGCUCCAGUAGGAGUUAUUGCAGCUCCUUCCAAUGGCAAGGAUUAUGAACAAAAAGGUGGACAUUCAGUUGACAUUAAAUUACCUGUGAAGCAUGUUUUAUCAAGGGAGCUUCAGCUCUACUUUGAUAAAAUCACAGAGCUCACUGUGAGUAAGUCUGAUUCAGUUCUGUUCAAAGAAGCCUUAGUGAGUUUGGCUACAGACUCUGGACUUCAUCCAUUAGUUCCUUAUUUUACAUGCUUUGUAGCUGAUGAGGUUUCUCGUGGUUUAAAUGAUUACUCUCUUCUUUUUGCUUUGAUGCGUGUUGUUUGGAGUCUACUUCAGAAUUCUCAUAUCAACAUGGAACCUUAUCUACACCAAUUGAUGCCAUCCGUGGCGACCUGCCUUGUUUCCAGAAAGUUAGGGAAUAAGGCUGCAGAAAACCAUUGGGAACUUAGAGAUUUUACUGCAAAGUUGGUUGCUUCAAUGUGCAAAAAAUUUGGCCACGUUUAUAACACUCUUCAGACACGUCUUACUAGAACUUUGCUCAAUGCACUUUUGGACCCAAAACGUACAUUGACUCAGCACUAUGGUGCAAUUCAAGGGUUGGCAGCCCUAGGGCCUAAAGUGGUUCACCUUCUUAUUCUGCCAAAUCUUGAGCCAUAUCUUCGACUCCUUGAACCAGAGAUGCUACUCGAGACACAAAAGAAUGCAACCAAGAGAUAUGAAGCCUGGCGGGUUUAUGGAGCCUUGCUGCAUGCAGCAGGCGAAUGUAUACAUGAUCGCCUAAAGAUCUUCCCACCUUUUCCAUCACUUCAAGCUCAGGCUGUCUGGAAGACAAAUGCAAAAGUCAUUACUACAGCUCCUAAUAAACGCAAGGCAAGCAGGGAACCAAUGGAUAUUGAACCACCUCUCAAGAGAACAGAAACUGAUGUCCAAGCUUUAGCAUCAACAAGCCCCUCGUCUCCUCACAUGCAGGAGGGAACAGUAACUCCACCUCCAUCAAGCGAUUCUGGAGUGGGUCAAUCAUCAUCUGAUGGAAAGGUGAUUGAUGAUGGAAGAGCAGGCAGCGGAGUCGGGAAACAGAAGGGAGACAGUCAAGCUUUGAAGACAUCAGCAAUCCUAAAACAAGUUUGGAAGGAGGACCUGAAUUCUGGACAGCUCCUGGUACAACUGUUUGAACUAUUUGGUGAAGGCAUUCUCUCCUUCAUUCCAGCUCCUGAGACGUCUUUAUUUUUAUGACCUUUGGACAAUAAUAGAUUCAUAGGAAGAUUGGGUCGGAUAGAAGACUCAACUUUUUCUCCUGAGUUUUGUAGUGAUUAUUGCCAGGGAAGUUUACAGAUGAUGAAUGAUUGUUCCAUUGCGGUUAUUGAAUUUAAUUUAGAGAUUGGUUUGUUAAAAUUAAGAUUUCUUUAUUGUAUAUGAAUGUAAAACGUGGAAAUUUCAAUAAACGUACAACAAACUA